GUACAACAAUUUUACAUUUCUACAAAUAAUCAUGGGUAAACCAAAAACCACUGUAUUAAAUGCCAACCACCCAAACAGUAGAAAAACAAAGCAAUUGAUUAAAACUAAACACAAGAUAGCGUUUCGGGAUAAAAAGAAGUUUAUUAACUUAGCAAAACCAAGCAUAUUAUGUGAAAAAUUAAUUUGGUUCAGAGAUAAUGUUGAUAACACAAUUGAGCAAUACACUCAGGAUACUCUCUCAUUAUUAAUUGAGAAAUAUCUUAGUCGUUUUGACCACGAAGUCAGUAUAAUUAAAGCAAGACAUAAAGAUAAGGGCAAUCGACGAUUUGCUAGUCGAGAAGAUGUUAUUAGACACACAAUAGAACGAGAGAGAGAAGAAUAUAAUACAGCUGGCAUUGAAGUGCCAAAUAUACUUGAAGCCAGUCAGUUACUGUAUUUGCGCACCUGGGAUGGCGACAUAAAGUAUUUACCAAAUAUCAAAAUAAUUCGUUUUCGUUGUUUAAAUAAAACUUAACUAAAUCAUUGUUAAAAAUAUUAAAUUAUAAA